GCAUUUCCCAGAAGGCUGUGCUCGCUGUCUCGUUAGCCGGGCUACGGGUCGGUGGGGCGAACGUUUCAUUCUGGACUUCUUAAUUUCUCAGGGGGAAUGAGUGACGGUGGACAGAGGACUUUGGCGGCGCCGUCUGUAGGCUGCCUGGCCUGGGGGCGCAGGACGCGGAGACCAUGGAGCCGGCCAUACAGCUCUCCUUCCAGUCAGGGGACAAAAAGCCGAGGCGCCGCGACUCCUUUAAUCGCGGUGGGCGGGGCGAGGCGAAGCGACCCGCGUUGCUAUUGGCGGCGGUUGGGGGCGCGGAAACUGAACGGGACGCAACUGCAGCCGCUGAUUCCUCGGGCUUCUCUGGCGCCUUGGGCGCCCCUGGCCCCGCCAUGGCCGCGCCCUGCCUGGAGGACCCCUCGCUGGAGAGGCAUUUUAAGGGCCACCGGGAUGCAGUUACCUGUGUGGACUUCAGUCUCAACACGAAGCAGCUGGCCAGUGGCUCCAUGGACUCAUGCCUCAUGGUGUGGCACAUGAAGCCCCAGUCACGUGCCUACCGCUUUGCCGGCCACAAGGACACCGUCACCUGUGUGAACUUCUCCCCUUCCGGACACCUGCUUGCCUCGGGCUCCCGCGACAAGACUGUCCGCAUCUGGGUACCCAACGUCAAAGGUGAGUCAACCGUGUUUCGUGCACACACGGCCACAGUGAGGAGCGUCCAUUUCUGCAGCGAUGGCCAGUCCUUUGUGACAGCCUCCGACGACAAGACAGUCAAGGUGUGGUCAACUCAUCGCCAGAAAUUCCUGUUCUCCCUGAGCCAGCACAUCAACUGGGUCCGCUGUGCCAAGUUCUCCCCGGAUGGGCGGCUCAUCGUGUCUGCCAGUGAUGACAAGACUGUCAAGGUGUGGGACAAGACCAGCCGGGAGUGUGUCCACUCGUACUGUGAGCACGGCAGCUUUGUCACCUACGUGGACUUCCACCCCAGCGGCACGUGCAUCGCCGCCGCCGGCAUGGACAACACGGUGAAGGUGUGGGACGUGCGGACUCACCGACUCUUGCAGCACUAUCAGCUGCACAGUGCGGCGGUGAACGCCCUCUCCUUCCACCCGUCGGGAAACUACUUGGUCACGGCCUCCAGCGACUCAACCCUGAAGAUCCUGGACCUCAUGGAGGGCCGGCUGCUCUACACGCUCCAUGGACAUCAGGGUCCAGCCACCACUGUUGCCUUUUCAAGAACGGGGGAGUAUUUUGCUUCUGGAGGUUCUGAUGAACAAGUAAUGGUUUGGAAGAGUAACUUUGAUGUUGUCAAUUAUGGAGAAGUCCUAAGAGUGCAGAGGCCCGUGGGCACGCUGGCCAGCUCCUCCAGGACUCUGCCAGAAGUGGAUUCCCCUGUCCCACCAGGCAGAAGCAGGAGUCAGGAGUUGAUGCAGAGCCAGCCCCAAGAGCCUGUCAGCAUGCCCCAGACGCUGACCAGCACGCUGGAGCACAUUGUAGGCCAGCUGGACGUCCUCACCCAGACAGUCUCCAUCCUGGAGCAGCGGUUGACACUGACAGAAGACAAGCUGAAGCAGUGUCUGGAGAACCAGCAGUUAAUCAUGCAGAGAACACCACCAUGAUCAGGGGAGCAAGAAUCAAGAGCUCGGUCGAUUUUGGGGGUGACAGGUCGGGGAUUUGUACUGGGGAACUUGGGUAAAUAAAUAAAGGGGAUUCAGCUCUGGGAA